AUGAAACGACAGGUAUCAAAUUACAACCUUUUUUCAAGAAUCACCUCCUUCACGCUGCUAGACCCGCCCCCUAAUGUGAAGCAGUCCACUCUGGGAAAUGACGGUAAGUUCCGCCCAGGGGUGUUUGCUGUUGACCUUUCUUGGAUCCCGACUGGGGCCGAAACAGGAGAGAAAAAGAUAUGCGUUGAAGCAACGGAUGAAUACUUGUUGAGCCAUCAGCAUUGCGUCACUGUCACAAUUGCAGUCGUUGACCCGUGUAUCAAUACGCUCUGCCAACAUAAUAGCACUUGCAUAAGACAUGGAUUUACAAAUAUAUUCACAUGCGAAUGUGCACCUGGGUAUACAGGAAGUCGUUGUGAAACAGAUAUCGACGAAUGUGCCAGCGCUCCGUGUCAGAACAACGCCACGUGUUUUGAUUUGGUAAACGAAUACUUCUGUGGUUGUCACGUGGUAUACAGCGGAGUUAAUUGUCAGACAGAUAUAGACGAAUGCUUAUUGCGCCCAUGCAAAAAUGGCGGAACGUGCAACGAUCAAAUCGGUUGGGCGAAAUGCACUUGUAAACCGGGAUUUACUGACGAAGUGUGCCAAACAGAUAUCGACGAAUGUGCCAGCGCUCCGUGUCAGAACAACGCCACGUGUUUUGAUUUGAUAAACGAAUACUUCUGUGGUUGUCACGUGGGAUACAACGGAGUUAAUUGUCAGACAGACAUAGACGAAUGCUUACUGCGCCCAUGCAAAAAUGGCGGAACGUGUAACGAUCAAAUCGGCUGGGCGAAAUGCACUUGCAAACCGGGAUUUACUGGCGAAGUGUGCCAAACAGAUAUCGACGAAUGUGCCAGCGCUCCGUGUCAGAACAACGCCACGUGUUUUGAUUUGAUAAACGAAUACUUCUGCGGUUGUCACGUGGGAUACAGCGGAGUUAAUUGUCAGACAGAUAUAGACGAAUGCUUACUGCGCCCAUGCAAAAAUGGCGGAACAUGCACCGAUCAAAUCGGCUGGGCGAAAUGCACUUGCAAACCGGGAUUUACUGGCGAAGUGUGCCAAACAGGAUUAGACGCUUGCGAGUCCAGGCCGUGUCAAAACGGGGGCACUUGUUCCUACCACGUGUCUUUCGGCUACGCAUGCCAAUGUGGGGAUAGCUGGCUUGGAAGGAAUUGCGAGUAUCGAUACGAAAAUGACACGUUCCUAUUGGGAAACAUUACUCAGAUGACCUCCAGCUACAUGCAUUACUCCGCCUGUGACUGUGUGGUAGCUGAACGACGACAGGAUAGAUGUUACCAAUACUCACGCAGCAAACACGCCGGAUAUGGGUUCCUGUCGGCUAUAGCUGGCAUCAUAACCGCUAUUUUUUUAUACAUUCUCUUUGAUGCUAUCUCCAACAAAACGCUUUGCUGCUAUCAGAAGACGAAUAUGGUUCAAAUGGAGAAAACGAUUCCUGAAAAUAAAGUAGUGCUACAUGUAGUAGAACCAACGGAACCAGAACCGAAAGUUGAAACGCUGGAAAAACUCGAGGCCCCGCGGAUCAGGAAGCACCAUUGCUGGGCAUGCGAGGUGAAGUACAACAAAGCACCCAUUCCAGCCUGGUAUAAACAGGGAUCAAGAACUAACAAACAUUAAACUGACUCACGUAUUAUUAAAACAUAGUUUUCAGUAAAGAUAUGCAAGGAUUUUAUCAAGCUGUAUUAGUUUUUUGUGUUUUUAUUAUAUUUUUGUCUUUACUGCAUCGAAAAUUGCAUAUAUGUGAGCACAACUAGGUUGUUGCGUGGUAAAGUAAAAUUGCAGUGCAGGGGAGAUCCUUUUAACAAAUUAUUUAAACACGCUUUUUGAAGACGUGUAAUGCUAUUUAUACGAAGAACUUUUAUUUCGAUACAUUUUUUUGUAUUUUCUAUACUGUAUCGUAUAAUAUUCUACGUAUAUUUUCACAUUUAUAUCGAAUAUAUGAAAAUAUCUUA